AGGAUGGCAGCCAUCAAAGCACUAGAGCAAUGGUGCAAAAUUCAAUGUGAUGGAUACAGAGAUGUGACAAUCACAAAUAUGACGACCUCGUUCAGGGACGGACUGGCAUUUUGUGCACUUAUCCACAAGCACAGACCGGACCUCAUAAACUAUGCCUCUCUCAGUAAGGAAAAUGUUUACGAUAACAACAACUUGGCAUUCCGUGUGGCGGAAGAUUACCUGGGAAUCCCUGCUUUGCUGGAUGCAGAGGACAUGGUGGCCCUCAGGAUUCCCGACCGACUCAGCAUUCUCACCUAUGUGUCCCAGUAUUACAACUACUUCAAUGGCCGCUCACCCAGUGGGGGUGUGGGAGGGGUUAAAAGACCUGCUGAGGGCUCCAAAGAGGAGCCGUCUGGGAAGAAGAACUUGCCAGUAACUGCCAAGCCUCUCCUCCACAAACCUGUCACAGAGAAGCGGUCACCACCCACCAUUGCUGUCACUACACCCUUCAGACCACCGCCCAAAGCAGCCGCCCCAGCUGACCAAAAGAUGGUUUUGGUUGAGAGCUCCAAUAAGCCUGGGACCCUGAGCAGUACCUGUGCGGUUUGUAAACACCACGUUCAUCUUGUUCAGCGCCACCUGGUGGAUGGGAGGCUCUACCACAGAAGCUGCUUCAAGUGCUGCGAAUGCUCUAAUGUUCUCCUCUCUGGAGCCUAUAAGGCUGGGCCUGAGCCGGGAACAUUUGUGUGCAUUGCUCACCAGAGUAUCCAGAAAGGCAGCAAGACGACUGCAGCUGUAACUAAAAGCAAUAGCAGCCCCACCUCACGCCCCGUCUCUGUGCUGUCCACGCCCAUCGUUGUGAGCGCAAAGCCCAUUGAACCACCCCCUGCCAUCAAACCCUGGACCCCCUCGGCUCAGAAGACGCAGGCUGCCCGCCAGAGGUUUUUCCUGUCCUCCCCCAGCACGGCUGACCCUCCACUCCCCAGCAGGGGUGUUGUAACUGCCCCGGAGACCGCAGCCCUGAGCAGGGAAGUCCAAAAAGGCGUGGACGACAAACACAGAGCUGGGUCGUCAGUGACAAAGAAAAUGGCCGAGGGAAAUACCAACAAUAACAAUACAUCAUCCUAUUCAGAUCUCAAGGCUGCAGACAGCCGGGCUGGAAACCGUCUUUCUGGUGACACUUCCAGCUGGAAGUACAACCAUGGAACAGCAGGACUGAAGCCUUUGUCUCAUCUCCAAACCACCACCAACAAGGAGGCACCUUUUCUGAAGACUACCAACAAGGAAUCUCAAAGCACCAUCUCCUCCCACACCAAAAAUCUUGGUACCUUGGAAACACCAGCAGACUGGAGAGCAAAGCUUAAACCAGUGUCAAAUGGGCAAAGACUACACCUGUUGAUACCUCCUGCUUCACCCAUCUCUGUAAUGAUGGACUGGCUAAGAGUACAGCCACUGUCCUUCUCCCCCAUCCUCACAAGUCCCAAGGAUACAUUGAGUUCCCCCCAGAUGACCAUUUUCCAGUUUUCCACUCAGACUUUCCUAAAAUUUAAGAGGACUACAGAUUAUACAAACAACCCCACUUUCACGUCUGAGAAAACAAACGAUGAAUCUCUGUCAAAGCCGUUCCUCAAUGUCGUGACCGAAGGCUCUCUGCCACCUCUGCCUGCUGUGGUUCCCAGCAGUACUUCUCCCGGUAGCCCCACUCACAAGCAGCCACAAAAUGGCUCUGGAAGUUUGGAUUAUUCAUCCAGGAGUGCCACGAGUCCUGAACUAAAUUUAAAGGGAAAGUCUCUCUACAUCCCCAUGGAAGAGAUCCUGCAGGAGCUGCAGGGGAUUGAGGACCACCUGAAUGAUUUGGAGAAACAGGGAGUGGAGAUGGAGAAACGACUACGCCAAUGUGAGGCAGAAGGAGAGGAGGACACUUUGGAUGCUUUAAUGGUGGAUUGGUUCAACCUGAUCCAAAAUAAGCAGGUUUAUAUGAGAAGGGAGUCAGAGCUGGUCUACAUCGCAAAGACCCAAGUCCUAGAGGAGCAGCAGCCAGGAGUGGAAGAAGAGCUGAGGAAACUGAUGGAUAAACCAGAGCAUUUAAAGACUACAGCAGACAAGCAGCAGGAGGAGGAGCUGAUGGUGAAACUGAUUAAGAUCGUUAAUGACAGGAAUGCCAUUGUGGUGGUGCUGGAUGAGGACAGGCUGAGGGAGGAGGAGGAAGAUCAACAGUUGCAUCAGAUGAUGGAGAAACUUGGCAAAAAGAAAGACAAAAGCAAGAAAAAAUCUCCCAUAAAAAAGUUGUUUAAGCGAAAAAGUAAAAAGACACCAUGAAGAAUUCACCCUGGGGGGAACCUGUACUGGUGGGGCUGUUCAGCUGUAGGUGCUGGUGACAUUUUCUUGAUACAUGUUUGAGGGGAU